GUGAAUCAGGCGGGGAACAGCGGCAGGGUUGCGCUCUUCCUUGGCCUCCCCGACGCGCGGGCCGGAGCGAGGAACAGGGAGAAGAUCCAGGCUGGCGGGAAAGUGGCCGGUCUGCGGCUGUCCGGCCCUGCGCUGCUCCCCCAGCCCUGCCCCCGCCCGCAGCGUGGCGCGGCGCCGCCUCCUAGGCGGGGUGAGGGGGGCGGCUGCCGCGCAGGCUCAGGCCGCACCUCGCCCCUGCCUGCCUGGCGUCCCGCGCAGCUCGGCGCGGCAUGGCUCUGCGGCUGCUGUUGGGCCGAGCGACUAGGCCAGGUCUGCUGUGCAGCUCUUUGAGGAGAACUAGUUCUAAUGUGGAAGGAAAGUCUGAACCUAUACAGAAAUCUCCUAAAAAAUCAAAAUUACCACUAGGUCGUCUUGAUGAACCAGAGGAGUCCAAUAGAGAGAGAGAACCACUGGAAAAAUUUCCAGAUGACAUCAAUCCUGCUACAAAGGAAAAAGGUGGACCCAAAGGCCCUGAACCUACUCGUUAUGGAGAUUGGGAGAGAAAAGGACGUUGUAUAGAUUUUUAAUGCACAAAUGUAUCUAUAUUGCUAAUAGUAUGUUUGAUACUUGUUUAAAGAAUUUACUGUAGAUAGAGAAAUUUCACCUAAUUGUUCCUUUUAAUUCUUAAAUGGAGCUUCUUUUUUCCAACAUGUAUUUGAGGAAUAUCCUGAGAGAUGUUUUCUGCAAAUAAACAUUGUUAGUCAAUAUUAA